AAAAUCAUUUGCGUAACGUAAAUAUGGCGGACGUGACGUCAUCAGCCGCCUUCAUCCGGGGACCGAGACCCUGGACCUUCCCUCCUCCCAGUGCCCUUCCAUCAGUAUUUAGUGUUAUUUCCUAUAUUUUCCAGCUGUUUUCAUGCAUAGAGAAGAAUAGAAAGAGGAGGAAAGAAGGAGAAAUGAAGAAGGAGGAGGAAGAAGAGGGAAGGGAAGGAGGAAGAGGAGAAGGAAAAGAAGAAAUAUUAAGAAAAGAUUUUCACUGAAUUUCCAGCGUUUUAAAGUGAGACGGCCCACAGAGUCGCGCCAAAAACGUGGAUCUACAGGCCAGGCAUCUUAUGUUUAACCAGGUGUACAAGGUGCUGGCUUUCAAGGGCUCCUCCACACCUACAGACACACGCACACACCACCAGAUACAGGAAGAAUUAAUUGAUGAGCUACAGAACUACAGCAUCGUUCAGGUGGCAGCCGGAGACCAGCACUCUCUUGCUCUCACCUCCUGGGGCCUGAUCUACGCACGGGGUGACAAUGGGUACGGUCAGCUUGGCGUCAACUCCUGCGACAGUCACACCGCCACACGCAAGCUUGUCAAGAGUCUGGCCAGGAAGGUGACAGUGCAGCUGGCCUGUGGCGCCAACCACACCCUUGCCUUGACUGCUGAUGGUGACAAAAUACCUUCGGCCAGUUGGCACUUAGACACCGACAGGGGCCCCAGAAGGAUCCUGCCCUGGUGACCUCCUUGGCUGGCACCCUCUUAGUCCUGCUGGCCGCUGCGGGUCACCACUCUGCUGCCGUGACCCAGGCCGGCUACCUGCUGUUGUGGGGGUCAAACAAGCAGGGUCAACUGGGCUAUACUCCCAAGGGUGAUCCUCUUGUUAGAUCUUCGCAGGGGGUGACGUCAGCUUGGCCACUGUCAGCAGGGAGAGUGGGGGUGCUGAGGACUUUUGCAGCCCUCCCCUACCCCGACCAAAUGCCCUCUCUCUCACAAUUCAAGGACAUAUGAUUAAGAAACUUCUGUCAAUUGAGGAAGAAGACAUGAUUGAUGACGAUUUGUUUACGUACACAGAGACAGUGUUUGCCUCAGUGUGCGCUUGGAACAGCUCCCUCACGCUUGCUGGCUUGCACAAACACACACACACACGGGCUGGACUACCGUUUGGCUGAGGACUGUGUGGCUCAGAUUGGCCGGAUUGCAAGGGAGACCAUCCAGGAAGUGGCGAGUUCGUACUGGCAUUCAAAACGUGGCCAAGAGUCUUCCUUCGCAUCCCCCAGCCAGGACGCCUUACGCUGUUAUGUCCUUCCCCUGUACAAGGACUUCACUGACCCUAAACAAACGGCCAAACUCCAAACGCCGUAUGCUGAGGGAGUGUUGAAGCUUGGCAAGGAGAUGGCGGAGGUGUUCAGGACUUUACACUAAGGCUGGUUACUUUGUACAAGAAUGUGGUGGUACAAAUACUGAAUUCAGCUCACCAAUGUAGCUCUGAGAGACCGGCGUGCCCUCGUGUCUUCCCUGCGGCUGUUGUCCCUGGUCCACGGUCUGAACUUCCAAGCCGGCUGCCGAGUGGGGCGGUUGAACUACGACGACUUUUACAUCCCAGAAAUUGCUAUUAGAAAAUUGAUAUUAGGAAUGAUUACUUGAACUGGAUGAACAGCAGGCUUCACCCGAUGUCCAGGAGGGAGAGUCCAAUCCUGUUCUGUGAGUAUCCAUUCUUGUUCGACCCUCAGGCCAAGAUGCUGCUGCUCAGGUGUGACGCCACUCGGCAGGGCGAAUGUUUCCCAGACCACCCGGUCAUACGCACGUUCUGGGAAGUAUUUCACAAACUCUCCCUGGAGCAGAAGAAGUUGUUUUUGAAGUUCCUGACGGGCACUGACAGGGUUCCUAUUCUGGGCCUGAAGGCACUCAAGUUGAUGAUCCAAAGCACAGGAGACGACAGCUUCCUUCCGGUCGCACACACCUGCAUCGCCCAACUCGACCUGCCAAAAUACAACACCAAAGAGAAGCUGAAAUACAAACUUCUACAGGCCGUACAGCAGAGUGAAGGGUUCGGCCUGGUGUGAGGGUGUCAGGGGGUGUUGACGGGGUGUGAGGGGGUGUUGAAGGGUGUGAGGGGGUCAGGGGGAGGCUGUGUGAGUUGGAUAAGAGUGACCUUGUGUGUGGGAGGAAGUGCCUGUUAAGAAAAUAGAAUAUAUAGAAAUUAAUAGAAAAUAUAUGUAAUAGUUUACAGAAUUAUUAUUAUUAUUAUUAUUAUUAUUAUUAUUAUUAUCAAAUUGAGUAUAUUUUUUAGUCUUGUUACAAAAAAAAAUGAGUGAAAUAAAGAAAAUGAAAAAGGUAA